CGAUCGAAGUUCUGUCUUCUUCGAACUUCGGCUGGCCACAACGGCCGUCUGGACAUUGCAAGCACGAUGGCCGCCGGGAAGAGCGUCGAAGAUGGCGUCGCCGACGAGGAGUACGGCCUCGACGACCGUGCAACGAUCGAUGAGGACGAGGAAGACGCGCUCGUUAUGACGAUGGGCAGCUCGUCGGCCCAUGAUCUCAGCGACGACGAGUACAUGACGCCGACGGAUCCGUGCCGAUGCUUUUGUUGGUGCAACUACCGCAAGAUCGGACAAAGCUACGUCGUCCGCGAGGCGCGGCCCUUCAUGCUCGUAGGCCCGCACUGGAUCGGCGUCCUCGUCACGCUCGGGCUCAUCAUUGUGUCGACCAUCCUAUUUAUUGGGCAGCAGUGCGCGGAGCUUGACGCUUGGUACACGCUAGCGUCGCUGGGCAUGGCCGCGGCCACGAGCUAUUUUCUCUUCCAAACCACGUGCACGGACCCGGGUAUCGUGGCCCGGGGCACGACACAAUCGGACCCGGCCAUCCUUGCCACGUGCAGCUAUUGCGACAUUUGCGAUGUGCACCAGUUCCGGGGCACCGAGCACUGCGACGACUGCGGCGUUUGUAUCGAGAAAUACGACCACCAUUGCCCGUGGAUGGGCAAGUGCAUUGGGAAGAAGAACAUGAAGUGGUUUCAGCUCUUCAACCUUGCGUGGAUCGUGUACCUCGUCUUCGUGCUCACGGUCACGAUGCAGAACGCGUCGUCCAAUUUUGUCGCCUCGCGUGUCGGCCACUAAGUCCUAACAUUCGCUAAGAUGGACCAACUUUGUCCAAAUCUGACUUUUCUGCUUGCACAAACCGCACACGUAACAGCGUCAUGGCAGUCUCUUCAUGAAUUCCUUCUUCCAAAUUGCC